CAAUUCCGCCAUGUUGAAAUGGUCUCCUAUACGUUACGGCACUAAGCCGAAGGAGUUCAACAAACUAUGGCGAUCUAUCCCAGGAGCACGGGAAGUAGUCGCUGGUGAGAGAGGCGGCAAGACUAUGCCGAGACUCAGGUUGAAAAAGAAAGGAGUUAUUGAUGAAAAGUAUGAAAAUAACUGGGCGAAUCCUUGGCAUGCUCGGCGAAAAAGAGACACACCUGAUGAUAUGGUGAAAGGCCUUCUGUACAACCCUGAAGGCUUGGACGCCGGCACGAUCGGGCCGCAUGUUUUCCGUGCUGUAAUAGCAGUCAGGAAAGCCAACUGUACCAAAUUAGAAUAUAGUCUAAGUAUAAUCGAUAUCGCUCAUGUUCGACAACAACUGUGAAGUAGUACUCGUUUUCCCCAUGCAAAAAUAUUCAAGACCAUGGUUCGUCUUCUGUGGUGCCCUCCGUCAUAAGGUCAUAUCUAGGUUCAGUUCGGUCUGGAUGAGCCGGAUUUGAUGGCUCGGUACGCUCAACGUAUAACGGAAGUUUGUAGCGGUAUGAAACCAAUAAGUCUUGGUCUUGUUAUGGUUGCAUUCGGCAGAGCUGGGUACCAGGGCGGCUAUUGCGUACAAAUCGCCAUUCGAAAUUUGGAUUGCGACUUGUACGAAAAUUAAAAGAGCGUCUAUAUAAAUUUCAAAUCGACGCUCUUCUUCUUUCCGAGGCGAAUGGGAUACCUAUUAUGGUGAUCACUAUUCAGUUGAGUGUUGUAGCAGUGGAAAUCUUCGUAUUAUACGGCGAGCCGCUGGAGCUGUGAAGUUUUUCGCUCUAACGUUAAUUCUGUGUCAGAAUAGCUCACGAGAAGAUGCUCGCUAGACUGUCAGAGGUUAUUCCAGGACGAUUACGGUUCUUUGGUCCUGUUGAGCUGUCGAUGCUUUGCAGUGGUCUCAUGAGAUUGCGAUAUUAUAAUGAGAAGCUUUUGCGGAGAAUCGCUGAUGAAGUACCUCACAGGUUGCCCGUGUUGGAGCCUAGCCACAUUGGGCAAAUAAUUUACGCGUUUAGUGUGUUGGGCUUCAGAGACCAAAUGCUCUAUGUGGAUAUAGCUGACGAUGUAAUGCGUCGAAUUCGGGACUUCACCAACCCGAUCGAGCUGCUACAGGUGAUCAAAGCGCUAGCGAAAGCAGAAGUGAUGUUGCCUGGUUUAUGGGAGUGCCUGGUAGAUGCUGGUACUUCACAGUGGGAAGAGAUCAUCAGAGGUGAUAUACCUAGUGUUGCAGUGCAGUACCUCGCGGCAGUGGCAUCAAUUGAUGGACACUUGGUGGCACGUGGUUAUCCAUCCGCCAAUACUCAAGACUUCGCGUCAGCUAUGUGCACAGUUCUGCUGGAGAAAGGCAACCAGCUCGAUUUGAGUCUAGCAGCACGGGCGAUAGGAAGUCUCGGAAAGUUACACCGGUAUAAUGAACAAGUCUGGAGUCCCCUCUUAGAAAAUGUAAUGAGCAAUAUAGAUCAUUUACAGCCCGAUCAAAUAUCGCAGGUGUCUCUAGGACUAUCAAGUGCGGGGCGAGGGCAUCCGAUGACGACUCCCUUAAUAGCAGCCUUAUCGGCCAGGGCUAUCAGUAUAGUAGACGAUUACGAUGUGUGGUGUGCAGCGAAUACAAUGCAGGGGUUUGCCGGUCUUGGUAAACGUGAUGUGAAGUUGUUUGGUGCAUUAGCGAAGCACCUCGCUAAGAACGAUAAGCUUCUAGAGGAUGCAACUCCGCAAGGCCUUGCAAGUGUACUUCAUUCAAUGGCAAAAGUUAUGAUCAAGUCGGACAUAUUCUUGUACAUUAUGGCGAAUCUCGUCAUUUCUAAGAUAUCAGCUUUUGAGGGGCAAGCUCUAGGAAUGGUCCUGUAUGCAUACGGUAGACUCAAUUGCUACAACGAAGCUCUGGUGAGGGCAUGCAUAAAGCAGCUCAGAGCGAUCAUCAACGACCUCAACUUGGUAUCGAUACAUAUGAUUUCUGACGGACUGAAGGCACUCGGAGCACUGUCGGAAGAUAUCGAAGCGCUGCUGAAACAGCGAGUCGAGGACCUCGGUCACGAAACAACUUAUGGUGUGAUCGAUUUCGAUGAUGAUGCUGAAGAUGCUUUUGAUAUCGCUGGGGAGGAGGCCGAGGAGGACCCAUUGACAGAUUCAGUCCAGCAAGAGGUAGUUGCAGCCGUCGAGCGAGCUCGUGUUCGUUCAAGAGGAAUCCGCGGUACCGAUCACCCCUACGAUCACUGCUCAACCUUCGAAGGUAUCUGA